AUAAAAACAGCAGAGCACUAGUUGACUUAAUAUUUUUGCAGUACAUCCUUAAAAACAGCAAAGUCGUCCUAUCAUAAAAUGGAUCUUUGACUGGCUUUCUUGAUUGUUUUUUUUCCAAUAGGUCCUUGAAGCUCCUGUCACAUAUAGGAUCUUUGAUGUGUUUUGGCAGUAGGUUUUUUAAUAAAACAGCAGAGCACUCAUGUCAAAUACAAAAUCUUUGACAAGCGUUAUUGCAGUAGGGCCUAAAAAACAGUGUGAAUGGUUUGUUUGUCUAUAUGUGCCCUGCGAUUGGCUGGCAACCAGUCCAGGGUGUACCCCGCCUCUCGCCCAAAGUCAGCUGGGAUAGGCUCCAGCACAUCCCCGUGACCCUAGUGAGGAUAAGCAGCAUAGAAAAUGGAUGGAGGGACUAGUUAUUGCAGUAUUGUAGAUCCUUAAAAACAGCAGGGCACUCUUCUGUCAUCUAGAGAAUCUUUGGCCAGUGUUUUGGCAGUAGGUCCUGAACAGCGGAGCGCUCCUGUCACAUAGAGAAUCUUUGGCUAAUCAUUGUGCAGCAGGUCCUUAAAAACAGCAGAGUUAUUAAGGGUUCUUCAUUUGUGUUUGGGAACAGGUAAUCCAGCAGCGUGCUCCUGUUUUGUAGAGGAUCUUUGACUGACUAAACACAUUGCUUUUAAAUUAUUAAAAAAAAUAUAUGUUAUGUAUUUUAAUUUAUGACUUAAUUUUUAAGUCCUUGGAGCCACAGGUGGGUUUGUCAAGCCCAGAGAGAGCUGUGGAUGGAUGUGUUUCACUUUCGAUUUGAGACGCCUUUUGUACGUAUAAUAAAGUCAUCAUGUACACCUACCAAACAACACAAACACAGUCUCAAUAGAAAAGCCCCGUGUUUUUUCUUUUUCUUUUUUUGGUAUUGUGAAUAGUGUACGUACGUGCGCGUGCUCUGCCGUUUACGUCACUUCCGGUUUUUGUUUCAGGAAGUAGACCGCUGUCGAAGUGGGCCGCAAUGGGGUAAACUGGUAGCUUUUUAAGAAGUUUGACUUGUAUUUUCAUAACAACAACUGUUAAACGGGUCUGGCAUCAUGCCUGUUAGGGGGAGCUCAAAGAGACGUUCCAAGGCAAGGUCCUCUCCAGGGCCUCUGGAGCCCCCUCAGCAUCCCGGCAUCCAUGUGUACCUCUUCUGGAGCCCAGAUGGAGAGCGUUAUUUGUCCCAUGUGGUGUCAGAAAAGGUCACGGCGGAGGAGCUGUGCAUUUUGUCUGCGGAGGCCAUCGGCAUACCUCCUCUUUCCCAUGUGUUGUUUGCACUGUGUGAGCCACUGUCACGCUGCUGGUACAGUCCUAAUCAUCUUUUCAACCCAGAGGGGGAUUGUCGUCUGGUGCUUCACUACAGAAUGAGGUUUUACUUUCGGAAUUGGCACGGACUUAACGACAGGGAGCCACUUGUGACUCGUUUUGCUGUGGGUGGCGGCGAUGCACCACUGCUUGAUAUCAAAUCAUUGGAGUAUUUAUUUGCCCAGGCUAAAUAUGACUUUGUCAAUGAAGCAAUUGAAAUGGAAAAGGAGGAGCUGAGUCGCUUCCAUAAUGAGAGCCUGGGGAUGGCCGUGCUGCACCUCACCCACCUGGCGCUGCAGACUGGCCGCAACCUGCAACGCGUGGCAAAAAAGACCAGCUUUAAAACCUGCAUACCAAAGUCUUUCGCAAAGCACAUCUCUGAAGACAAAAUGCUGACAAAAAUUCGGAUCCGGCGGACGUUUGAGAGAUUCGUACGGACCUACCAGCGCAACACGGAGGCCAGGCAGCUGGAUGUCAAGAGAAUCAUGUGCAAAUACCUCUGCACUCUUGAGUACUUGGCACCGCAAUUCGGCACUGAGACUUUCUCGCCGUGUCUGCUGAGGCUCAGUCAGGACGACCACACAAGUCAAGCUGACGAAGCUGCGGACGCAGCGGCGUGGGAAAUAAUGGUGUCUGCCGCCGAGGGGAUCCAGUGGAGGGCGACGACAAGUGCUCCGAAGGCUGACGGCAGUUUAAGCAACAGCGGCGGGACCUCUGGGAGGAAAGCCACGCGACGGCUCAGCCAGCUGAGUGUGACCACCCCCAUCAAGUGGACCCGCUUCUGUGAUUUCCCUGACAUCAUUCACAUCGCCAUCAGUGAGGCUAACGUGUGCAUUAGCACUCAGGACAAUAAGCGUAUGGAGGUUGAGAUGAGCUCCAGCCAGGAGGCCCGCUCCUUCAUCUCACUGCUAGAUGGAUACUACCGGCUGACUGCGGACGCCCACCACUAUCUUUGUCAUGAAGUGGCGCCCCCCAGGGUGCUGCUGAGUGAAGCUAAUGGACUGCACGGACCGAUGUAUGAUGACUUUGUGCGACUCAAGUUGAGAAAGGAGGCAGCAGACGAAGGAGCUUUCCUUGUGCGCUGGAGCUUCCACUUCUAUCACAGAAUUAUCCUGGCUGUGCUCGACAAAAACCAGAACGGAUCCAAGCCAAGCCACACACAGUUCUGUAUCCAGCAUAACGCUUCCGUCUUCUCCCUGGAUGGUUGGGACCAGGAAUUCUCCAGUGUGAAGGAGCUCACAGACACCCUGAAGAACUACAUACUGAACUGUGACACUGAGAGCUACACUGUUAAAAAAUGUUGCCUGCCCCGCCAAGGAGAGCUGUCCAACCUUCUGGUGAAGAGGCACGGUGUGGAUCACUGUCCAGAGGGGCACGCUUCGUCCCCAAACACGUUAGAGCUGUGCUUCCAGAUCAAGUACAAGGACAUCAAACAAGGACAGCAUUUGGGUUAUGGGACCAGAACUAACAUCUACUCAGGACAUCUGCGAGUUGGGGGAGGAGACGAGGAGGAGGAGGAGGAGGAGAUAAGUGGUGAUCGACGGCAGACGGUCCAAGUGGUACUGAAGGUUUUGGAACAAAGCCCUGAAGAUGUCAGAUUCGCUUUCUUUGAAACGGCCAGCUUCAUGAGCCAAAUGUCUCACUGUCACCUGGUUGGAAUCUACGGCUUGUCUGUCAACGGAUCUGAAAACAUCAUGGUGGAGGAGUUUGUAGAAUUUGGGCCCUUGGAUGUUUUCCUCCGUAAAGAAAAAGCCAAAGUGACUCCCCGGUGGAAAUUUAUUGCAGCACGACAGCUUGCCAGUGCCCUGAAUUACCUUGCGUCUAAAGGUUGUGUUCACGGGAACGUUUGUGCCCGGAAUAUCCUGGUGGCAAGACGAGGUCUGGAGCAAGGUACAACUCCUCUUGUCAAGUUGAGUGACCCAGGAAUUGCCCUCAAUUUGCUUUCCCAAAAAGAGCGACGUGAGCGGAUUCCCUGGAUCGCUCCUGAGUGCGUUCGCGACGACGCGCCUGUCAGCCUGGGUGCCGACCAGUGGGGCUUCGGCAUGACGAUGCUGGAAAUCUGCAACAACGGCGAUCUUCCCAUCACCGAUGACGCGUUGUGUCAGGAAGACUUUUUUAAGCAGAGGGGAUGGUUGUUACCGUCCUCCCAGGAGCUGGCCAACUUCAUCAGCAAAUGUCUCACCCACGAGCCCUCAGACAGGCCUUCCUUCUGCUCUCUGCUCAGAGACCUCAUCGAAAUCAUGAACAAAAAUCCCGAUAUAUCACUCAGUGAUACCCUCCCUAAGACUCAAGCCACCGUCUUCCACAAACGCUUCCUGAAAUUCAAAGGAGAGUUAGGAAAGGGUAAUUUUGGAAAGGUGGCUCUGUACAUGUACGACCCAGCCAACGACGGGACGGGAGAGCUGUUGGCCAUCAAGGCUUUAAAGCAAGAGAACGGUCACCUGUCCAAAUGUUGGCUGAAGGAGAUCGACAUCCUGAAGUCACUCGAUCACAGCCAUAUUGUCAAGUACAAAGGACGCACUGAAAUAGGAGGGCAAGUGGUGCAGUUAAUAAUGGAGUACCUUCCUCUGGGGAGCCUGGAAAAGUUCCUUCAAAAGGGUGAACACAGUACUUCCCAGUGCCUGCUGUUUGCUCAGCAAAUCUGCCAGGGGAUGGAGUACUUGCACUCACAGCGAUACAUCCAUCGGGACCUCGCCGCCCGGAAUGUUUUGGUGAAAAACAACAGUUUGGUAAAGAUCGGCGACUUUGGCCUCUCCAAGCACAUCCCUGAGGACGACACAUACUACCGUGUGCGUGAGGAUGGUGACAGUCCUGUGUUCUGGUAUGCGCUCGAGUGCCUGAAAGAGAGCAUAUUUUCCUUCUCCUCCGACAUUUGGUCCUUUGGCGUAACGCUCUAUGAGAUCCUGACCCGCUGCAACCUGAGCCAAAGCCCCCCAGCGAAAUUUCGGAAGAUGUCCGGGCUGGCCCGUGAACAGAUGACAGUGAUGGUGCUCAUAAGUCUGUUAGAGCAACGGCUACGGUUGCCUUGUCCCAAAGAUUGCCCGUCUGAGCUGAGGAUGUUAAUGGAGCAGUGUUGGGAUGAAGAACCUGCACGACGGCCGUCGUUCAAAUCCCUCAUUGAGAGCCUGGAGGUGAUCCGUGGACAGCCAAAUGGUAGCUUUUUCUUCGGCUCCCAUUUGGAGUGACAAUCUUCUCUUUUGAAUAUCCUCAGAAACAUUUAAUAAGGGAAGCACUGUGACAUUAUCACGUCCGCCUCACAGUCUCCAAUGGAACAUCUCUGUGUGAAGUUUGCGUGUUAUCCCCGUGCUUGCAUGGGUUUUUUUUUUGCAUACGGAGAUAAUUGGAGACUAAAUUGCUCAUCGGCGUGUAUGUGAGUGUGAAUGGUUGUUUUUCUGUCUGUGCCCUGUGGUUGACUGGCGGCCAGUCCAGGGUGUAUCUCUUCCUCUCACCUCAAAGCCAGUUCAUCUCACCUCAACUUCGACCCUAAGGAGGACAACGCUAUAGAAAAUGGAUGUGUUUUAGUAACAGCAUGCCAAAUCACAUUCUUUUGGCAAACAUGUCCGCUUCUUAAUUAAUUAUGAUUAUGUCAUAUGUGUUUAAUAAGCCCAAAUCAUGGUGUUUUUUAUGUACUCAACUUUUGCGUUAAGAAUCAUGGGGAAGUGUCAGUUGGAAGUAUGAAGAGUGUUUACAUUACACCCGUUAGGUUGUUUUAUGUUGUACAUUUUUAAGUGUUGAUUUGAUUUUGUAUAAAACAAAUUAAUU